AUGAUAUGGGGGUACAAUACAACAAUUCACUCAACCACAAAGGAAACACCCUUCUGCUUGGUCUACGGUUCAGAUGCAAUAAUACCUGUGGAGAUCUCCCAAUCUUCGCUACGCACUGAACUGGCCAACCAAACUACACAAGACAUAGCUCGACAAACCGAACUUGAUCUCAUUGAAGAACUCAGAUCAUCCGCAGCAAUCAAACAUUUAGCCAUGCAACAGCAUAUUGCCCGAAGAUAUAACGAAAGACUUCAACCAAGGUCUUUCCAAGUCCACGACCUUGUGCUCAGAAAAACAGAACAAGCUAGGAAACCACCAGCACAUGGCAAACUAGCAGCUAAUUAG